GCGGAUCACAUCAAGGGCCAACGUGUUGAUAGAUACACGUAUAAAUGUCUAUUGAUACUCCAUUUGCUCCGAUGCCUUCAAGAUCUACUAUAUCCCCUUCUCUAUCAGCCCAGCCUAGUGAUUACAGUUAAUGCAUAGACGGCAGUAUGAUCCGCUCCCAUCUCCUUCUCAUAACUGCAGCCGGGUCCUGCAUGGCAGCAGACCUGAGCACACUCCCCGGGCACCUGAAGACAAUCUCUGCCGACGUCUUCCCGGGCCCGAAGGGCAUAGCCCAAUACAUAUAUGCCAACCCGGAGACGUCCACACAAGAGUUCCACGCGCACGAUAUCGUGGUCGAUUAUUUUACCACGACGAAGCCCGGCCUUUGGGACGUAACGCCGCAUGCUUACGGCGAGCCCACAGCCCUCGCGCUGGAUUUCACCCACAAACCGGCGGGCUUCUCUGGUUCUGAGGAGGACAUACCCACCGUGGGCUUCCUGGCCGAAUACGACGCCCUGCUGGGCAUCGGCCACGCCUGCGGACACAACCACAUCGUGCUCAACGGGCUCGCCGCGGCGAGCAUGGCGCGGCAAGCCCUCAUUGAUCUAGAUAUCCCCGGGCGGAUCAAGGUGGUCGGCUGCCCGGACGAAGAAAACACCGGAGGCAAGGCGCGGCUACGGGACGCGGGGGCAUUCGACGAUAUACCAAUCUGGCUGAUGGCACACCCGACGGUGGCCAACGCCGUACAGCCGAUGCAGGGGCGAGUGAAUGCGCAAGCGAGCUUCUCGGGGACCACCCACGCUGACGCCAUCCGGACCGCGUACGAGGCGCUCGUGAGAAUCACGGACCUCGUGGGCACGCUCCCCGGAACAGCAACCACAGCGACGCCCGUGGAAGACGUAGGCAUGUUUAGCAUCAACGUUGUGGCCCAGCAGAUCAAGUUUGGCAUCGCGGGCUUAACUCUGCAGGAAGUGAACUCGACGGUUCUGGCACUGCUGGACGGGUCGUACGCGGGCGUGAACUACACCGUGGCGGAGGACGACGGCGUCGAAAGGGGAGUCGCGCUUACGAUCAACGGGCCGGGCGGCCACGCGUCCGAGAGCACGAGAAGCCCGCUUCGCCUCAGCAUCGAGACGUUCCGCACGCUGCAGGCCAGCAAAGGGGACGACGUCUCGUUCUUCCUGCCGGGCAACACCACCGUCACGGAGCUGGAUAUCACGGUAUCAGUCCGCACCCGAUACACGCUCGACAUCGAGGCCGCCCUCGAGCCCGUGGUAUCGACCCUCGCCGACACCGCGGCACACGUCGCCACCGAUCUGCCGUAUCCCGCUCUCGAAGUCGAGCGGACCCUCGGCAACAGGUUUAUAGCGCUGAUGCGCGACGCGGACCACGGCAGCCAGGUGGACUGGGACUACUCGACCGUGGCGCCGGCGGCCACGGACGCCGGGUUCGUGCAGGACGCGGUCGUCGACGCCGAGACGAGGGAGCUCCUGAGCGUCGGCAAGGUCGUGUUCCACCCGAACUUCGGCAUUUGCGACCGCGCCGACGCGGGCGCGCCGUGCGGCUUCAACCACGAGCCGGUCUUCGCCCAGGCCGCCGCGACCGAGUUCAGCUACGGGCGCACGGAGAUCGUGGCGAGAGCGCUGGCCCAGGUGGCCGUCGAGCUGCUCGAGGACCCCGAGUUCAGGGAGCAGGCGACUAGGCUCGUGAGAGGAUAGGCCCUAGGUCAG